GAUAUAUCCAAGAUUCUCGGCCUGUCGUCUAGCCCUGUCAAUGAGUCAGAGCGUAUGUGGGAGGAGGGGGACACAGACGUAGACGCUGAAGAAGACGUGGUGCUGGGCAAGAAGCAACAUUCUCAUGCUGGGACCAAGUGGAACAGGGAAAACACUGCUGGUGCAGACAAUAGCAAAGAUCCUGGACGUGCCUUUUGCCAGCUGUGACUGUACCAGUAUGACUGCUGCCGGGUAUGUUGGGGAUGAUGUCGAGUCUGCCAUCACUAAAUUGCUGCAGAACGCUGGAGGAAAUGUCGAGAAAUGCGAACAAGGCAUUGUGUUCUUGGACGAAGUAGAUAAAAUCAGCCGUAAAAGUGGGGCAGGUAGUGUAUUUGCCAGUAACAAAGAUAUCGGAGGAGAGGGUGUGCAACAGGCGAUGUUGAAGAUGAUAGAGGGAAGCAUCGUAAAGAUAUCUGAAAAGAAGAAUAAGCCCUCGUAUAACUCUGAGAGCCAAACUGACAUUGACACCACCAACAUUCUGUUCAUAGCUGCUGGGGCGUUCAGUGGGCUGGAGAAAAUUGUCAAGAAACGGAUGAAUGUCAAGGUCCUCGGUUUCGGGUCGCCAAUAGAUGAGGGAAAGGAAGAGGCGAGCAGACAAGCACUGUCAGCAUCGAGCACUGACAAACCAUCCAUGAAAGAGCAGAAUGAAGAGCGUGAUCGUCUUCUGCAGGAAGUUCAGGAUACUGACCUGAUUGCCUUUGGACUGAUUCCGGAGUUUGUGGGCCGCAUUCCCGUCGUGGUUCCCCUGCACUCGCUCAGUGAAGACAUGCUGGUCAGGAUCCUAACAGAGCCACAGAACGCUCUGGUCAAGCAGUACCAGCAGCUAUUUAGCAUGGAUGAGUGUCAGCUAGAAUUCACUGAGGAGGCCCUUCGAGCAAUAGCCAGGAUGGCAAUGGAGAAACAGACAGGAGCCAGGGGUCUUAGAGCAGUGGUUGAUAAAUGUCAGCUAAUGGCCAGCUAUGAGGUACCUGGGUCUGACAUCAAGAGGGUGAUCAUCACAGAGGACGUAGUCAGAAAGAAUAAACCCGCGGUGUACGUCCGCGAAGGCAUGCAGAAGUUCCAACAUGGCUAACAGCUGGGAUACACAGUGUACUGUGCCUGUUUCAGCUGGGAUACACAGUGUACUGUGCCUGUUUCAGCUGGGAUACACAGUUUACUGUGCCUGUUUCAGCUGGGAUACACAGUUUACUGUGCCUGUUUCAGCUGGGAUACACAGUAUACUUUGCCUGUAACAGCUGGGAUACACAGUUUACUGUGCCUGUUUCAGCUGGGAUACACAGUUUACUGUGCCUGUAUCAGCUGGGAUACACAGUUUACUGUGCCUGUAACAGCUGGGAUACACAGUGUACUGUGCCUGUUUCAGCUGGGAUACACAGUUUACUGUGCCUGUAACAGCUGGGAUACACAGUUUACUGUGCCUGUAACAGCUGGGAUACACAGUUUACUGUGCCUGUUUCCACAUGUCAGAUGCUUCAGGCUUAUGUUGAUGUUAUGAAAUUAUCAUGAUAAUGCUUUUAUGAUGUACCUCAUCAACAGAGUUGUAUUUGUAAACAGAUAUCCAAUAAAAUUCAUCAUGAGAAAAUCUCUUAUAUGAACUUAAAAUUUCACCUAAUUCCCUUAAGAUUACUUAUAUUUCCCUACAAAUUACUUGUUUCUGUUGACAAUAACAACACUGUUGAUGAAUGUGUGACCUGAUAUCUCAUUUUAAGGCCAACAAUUUGUUAUAUUUAUUUUAUAGGAAUGUUGUCCCUUAGCAAAAUACAAAUAAAAAAUAAGACUCUCUUUCCAACUUUUUUGUUGAUCUAUUGGUCGAAAAAUUGUAUUUUUAAUUUAAAUUGCCACAUUAAAUUGUUUUUUAAAAGUUCCCAUAAUUAAAAAAAUGUAUCUAAGGCAGAUUUUAUGUGAUGACAUAAUGUUUUGACUUUGACAUGUGAUCUUUAAAUCAAUCGGUUAUAAUUUUUUGUUAUAAUCUAUUUGCUUUUGUGAGAGUGUUCCAUUAUUAUUGUAAAUAAAUUAUGGCUAUGAAGACAAUUAUUUAAACAACUGGUUUUGGGCUUGUUUGGAAAAAUAUCUUUGCUGGUAACAUUGAGAAUUCAGAAUAAAAUUUCUACAGGACAAAUAUGGUGUGCAAACUUGAUGACUGGUGUUAUUGGAUAUUUUUGUUUCAUUCCAAUAGAAAAUUAAGUAGGAAACAUGAAAUUAUUUGCUUUAAAUUUCAAGAAUAUCGAUCAUGUGAGUAGUCUGUUGACACGAAUAUUGAUAAAUGUACAAUCAAUAAUUUUAGAAAGAUGAAUAUUUUUUUAAAUACAUGUAUCAGAUAUAAUAUUUCGGUCUUAAAAUUGACCACAACUGCAUGUUUAGUUGAAACAUAAAUGUAUAUUCCGUGUCAAGUCACAUAAUGUAAAUGUUUUCGCAACCUAUUCUGAAUUGUGUUUAAAAAAGUCAGUUAAUCAAUUGUUCACUUCAUAAAUGAAUUAACUUUUAUAACAACAAUAGAUCGCUACAUUUGUAAUUCAUAUACCGCUGUCAUUAUUAUAUUUUGAUCUUGUUGGCAUGACAACAGGAUGAACAUAUUUAUUGUCCCUUGAUAUGCUCCUUAAAUUUAUAUUGUUUUCAGUAAACAAUCUUAUUUUGGCCCAUACUUAAGGGACAAUAAAUAAUAUAAUUUAAGGGGCAGCUUAAGCAAUGCACUCUCAAGAAUGUUGUAUGAUAUUACACAAGAUUUAUGCCUGUUAUUGGUAUUCAAUGUUAUUGACCACAAAGAUUUGUUAUAUGCCUUGUUUUCUUAUACGUUCAUGCUGAUUUGUUAUGGAAUAAAACACAGUGAAAAUUGAUUAUAAAGCAUAUUUAGUAUAAA